AUGUCAACCGCAAUAGUUCGAGUACAAGACCGAUUCGGCAAUAUUUCCUUUGCUCGUACACUCUUGGACUCCUGUUCGGAAUUCUGCUACGUUACGUCAACCUUCUCGAAGAAGCUCAAGCUUCGGGAAACGCCAGUGUACCUGAAGGUACAAGGAAUCGGGUGCGGUAGUGUCACAUCGACAAGGUUGGUGGCAGCAAGAAUCCAGCCAAGAGUUCCAGCAAUCUCAGCGUUCGAAGAAGAUAUGCAGUUCUACGUUUUGCCGAAGAUCACCCGUGCGUUGCCGAUUAGUCCAGUGAAAGUGAGCCGAUUGAAGAUCCCAACCGACAUUGUGCUAGCAGACCCUAGUUUCGGCGAACCUGGCCCCAUCGAUAUGAUUAUCGGAGCCGAGUUCUAUCUGGACCUUCUUGCUGCGGGAAGUAUGAAGCUCUCUGACGAUGGUCCAACCCUACAAGAAACAGUCUUUGGCUGGAUCGUGUCCGGCCGUACAUCUCCAAUUCCUGAGAAUAUCCCAGAAACAUCAACAUUCGUUAGUACAAUGGUAGAUCUACAAGAACUUCUAGCGAGAUUCUGGGAACUAGAGACAUGUCACGUCAACAGCACAUUGUCCAUUGAGGAAACAGCGUGUGAAGAAUUCUUCAACAAAACGACGUCUAGAAAUAAAGACGGUAGAUUUGUGGUAGCAUUGCCUAGGAAGGAACACAUCAUGGAGAAACUGGGAGAUUCCAAAAACAUUGCCAUCAAACGGUUCUUGAGUCUGGAGCGACGGCUGGAUUGCAACCCACCGCUUAAGGCAAUGUACACUGAAUUCAUCCAUGAAUAUUUGUUGAUGGGGCACAUGAAUUCUUCGCCCGGACAGCACGACUACCAAACUUCGUGUAGUCUUCGAUGCGUCAUGUCGCACAUCGACAGGGCUAUCUCUGAACGAUGCAUUAAUGGUGGGACCGGUUGUUCAGGACCCUCUUCUGGCUAUGCUGGUCAGAUUCCGCCUCCAUCGAAUUGCAGCAGUUGCCGACGUCGCAAAAAUGUACCGAAUGGUACUUACUCAGCCGGGAGACCACCUCUCCACAAAAUCGUGUGGAGGGAUUCGAAGGAGGAGCCUAUCAAAAUCUUCGAACUCACCACAGUCACAUACGGGACCGCCAGCGCGCCAUACUUGGCAACAAGAUGCCUGAAGAAGCUUGGUGAAGAUUGUGCAACAACGCAUCCAGUAGCAUCUGACGUCAUCCUGCACGAUUUUUACGUUGAUGAUAUGUUGUCGGGAGCAGAUAACAUCAAGGAAGCCAAGCUAUUAGUGAAGCAAGUGGAAGAAGUGACCAAUUCGGCAGGGUUCAUUCUCCGAAAAUGGAACUCAAACUCUCCGGAGCUGCUCCGCAGUAUUCCGAAGAAAAUGCGGGACGAUCGUUCAGUGCUAGACCUCCAAUCAUCAAGUACGACGGUGAAGACUUUAGGAUUGCAAUGGAAUGUGACGGCCGACGAAUUUCAAUUCAGCUUUCCCCAAUGGAAGUCGGAUGCUGCGAGUAUCACCAAGCGAAGCAUUCAUUCCGAUGCAGCUUGCCUUUUUGACCCUUUGGGAUUAGUUGGCCCAGUCGUCGUGCAAGCAAAACUCUUCAUCCAGCAGCUUUGGCGGCUGAAAUGCGGCUGGGACGACACUUUGGACGAAUCGAUGCAACAAAUGUGGAAAGAAUACCGGCAGAACCUCAUGGCGCUCGAAACUCUAACAGUUCCUCGUUGGAUAGGAUUCAGCAACGAUUGUGCUCUUGUCCAACUGCACGGAUUCAGUGAUGCGUCGUCUGUCGCAUACGGAGCCUGUCUCUAUCUUCGAUGCCUUGCUUCAGACGAAAAGAAGAAACUGACUAUCCCUCGUCUCGAGCUGUCAGGUGCGUUGCUACUGAGUCACCUCUACGAAAAAUUCAGUCAAGUGAAACCUGUACCUGCUGCAUUCUUUUGGACAGAUUCCACAAUUGUGAAGCACUGGCUAGGAUCAGCUCCUUCUCGUUGGCAAAUAUUUGUUGCCAAUCGUGUAUCCGAGAUACAGCAUCUCACACAAGGUGGAAUUUGGAAUCACGUGGCUGGAAUUGAAAAUCCGGCCGACUUGAUCUCUCGUGGGAUGUCGCCAGCCCAACUCCAAUACGAGAGGCGCUGGUUCGAAGGUCCUCAGUGGUUAUCUCAGGACCAGGGGUACUGGCCUCAAUCAAAUCAAUCUUCUGCGGAGUCAGUUGAUUCGACACUACUUGAAGAACGGUCCACACAAGCUCUAUCUACCCACGGAACCACGUCGAGUGAAGUUUUCGGGCUACGAUGGUCGUACCAGGAGCUUCUGCGCAUGGUAGCACUCUUGUUACGCUUCAGGUACAACACUCAACCUUCAAAUCGGAAUUCGAGGAACACAGGUCCGCUGUCUCCGGAAGAACUAGAAGAAGCCAUGAUGACCUUAGUGCGUCAAUCGCAGCAAGACAGUUUUUGA